CUCCAUCACGCCCCGAACCAGACGCCAGGUGGCAGGCAAUAAAGAAGGAUCGCUUUCCGCUUCGACAGGGCCGGAGAAGCGGCGGUGAUUCUGCCGCCCGAGGUCACUCUCCAUCCAUCACACCAGCCAACCACCCCAGCACUCGCUCCUCUCCCCCCUCGAGCGACGGACGGAGCGAGAGGAGGGAUGAACAUGAACGGAGAUCGAUCUGCGGGAUCCGCCAUGGAAGAAGACGAGGGGAGGCCCCGCUUCUUCAAGGUCCUCGUCGGCGACUUCGCCCGUCGCCUCGAGAUACCUCGAGACUUCCUCAGUUACAUUCCAGAGGUGGGCCUCAGGGGUUCCAACAUUUCACCUGUUCAAGCCAUGCUUAAGCGUUCAGAAGGGAAGACUUGGGUUGUUGAGCUAGAGAAGGUUGAUCGCUGUGUAUUUCUGACCACCGGAUGGCCCAAGUUUGUGGUGGACAAUUCUUUGCGGGAAUAUGAGUUCCUACUCUUCAGACAUGACAAGAAAAUGGAUUUCAUGGUUUCGGUUUUUGGUCGGAAUGCUUGUGAGAAAGCAGUCCGGUCUUCAGGAAGUGCUGCUCAAGCUACUGAAAGUCUAGAAAGGAAACUCCCAUGUGAUAUGUUACCCACUCGUAAGCGAGGACAUAGUGGUGAUGAACUAACGAAGACCAUCAAUAAUCUCAGGCAGAGUCACUCACUGGUUAUGAUACCAGAUCAAUCUGAUACAAAAAUAUUUCCCUUCCAAAGGAGUACUAAGGGGAAUGGACAUAUCUCUCCACAGAGCUUCGCUGACAUACAUCUUCAUGAAGUAGAUGGUUUGAAGGAUGAGUUAAAGAUAUACUUAUUGUUGAAGGUGCCAAUGGAUGAUGAUAAAGCUAAAGUAAUAGCUGAAGUAAUGAGCAGAUUGCAUGUUGACAGAGUUACAGUUGACUUAUUCUGUGCUACACUCUGUUUGUAUAAGUGGGACUCAGAUGCGGCUGCAGAGGUUUUGAACACAUGUAGAGGCAAACCACAAAUUCCGAACCAGUUUCUAAAGCAGAAACUUGUUCUGCAAUUUGAUUUUAUAAAGAGGGAACUACGACACUUCUUCCCCACAGGGGAUGAUUGUCCUCCUCAAAUACGUGAUAGCAGGGAGAGCAGUCUUGAGGAGCCUAACUUGUCGACUCAGGCACUACAAAAUUACCUGCCAGCAGUGAAGAGUAAGCUAGUUGACGACCAUGAGUUAUGUGAUUUGUCGUACAAACAGAAGAGGAGAAUAGUCAAGUCGCGAUCACAGCAAAUUUCUGAAACACCACGAAGAUCACCACGACUGGCACACUUGAAGAAUUCCGGCGGCAGCAUAGAUAGUGGAUUGAAAGAAAAACCUGAAGUGUUAGAAUCAUCACCAUCCAGCACAAUUGAUCAGGUGGAGCACAGAGCAGGGCAUGCGUGUUUACUCUACGAGAAACCAGAGCAUGUUUUCGAAGGAGAUCGCCAGCAUGCUAUAGGUUCCUUAUCUCAAGACUUCAAGAGACUCAAACGAACACGAGGUAAGGUGGGCCUAAGUGAGAAACCUCAGCAUAAUCAAGAAAAUGAGGAGAAAAUAGAUCAAGGAAAUAAUGGAGAAAUCUUUGAAGAGCAAGUCGAUAGAAAUGCUGCAGAGACUUCUGAGUCGUUCAUGGGGAGGGAUUGGAUAGACCCGUCACCGCCGACCAAGUCCAAGUUGUCAUCUAUGAUAAUAAACGAGUUAUGUUUGACAUGGAAGCCCUCAGUACACACCAAUUCCCUCGAAAAUGUGUUACUUCAUAUUCAAUGUGACAACUUUAUGAAGACCAUCACACACGUUCAGGGAAUCAUUCGCAGUUCUCCUUCAGACCUACAUUGUGCGGCUAUAAUUGAAGCUGUUGUGCAGAAAGAAAUUCUUAAGUGGGAUUCAUGUCUUCAGGAUGUUGAUGCUCAAAGGGUAGUGAUUGCAUUACUGGAGCAUGCUAAAAAAAUCAAGGAGAUUCACAAUUUCAAUAUGGAGAGCCGGAAGGAAGAGUUUUCCACAAAGCUACAAGAUCAGCUGAAGUGGCAGCUCAAAGAGCUGGAAAGCGUAUGCACUUCCUUGGAAUUUGAUUACAAGAAAGUAACAUGUGAUGGUAACAUCGCUGUCUCGACAUCGCAAGAACAGAAGAAAAAAUUGCAUGCCCUUCAGGAUGAGAUCAAAGGCUUGCAGCAGUCCAUGAUGAUGGAGAAUGAAAUACAGAAAUUGGUGCAUCAAGUUGCUGAGCAUGAGAGCUUAGUACAGAAGUCUUUAAUGGAAAGAGUAAGGGUUAAGACGGUUCUAAAGAGCUAUAAGCAGGUUCUUGCCGAAGUAAAAGAGCGGCUAGCCUCUGAUGAACUUGGAUUAAUUGAUGUCGAUGCAUUGGUCAAGGUAGAGAUGGAUAACUUGAGGAAGGAGAUCGAGAUAUCCAAAGGAAGACUCCUAAAUAUCAUUUUCAAGUAAUAGUGGAGAGAUGGCCAUGUUCAGUUGUAGGUAUGUCUCCAGACUAUCUCAGUCGAGAACAGAGUGUGAGAUCAAGCCAGCCAUGCGUGCAUAACACAACCUUGCAAAAAUGUCAUCGAUCGUGGGUCCAAACCAGUCACCGGAUGCUAUGUGUUGAUGUAUUUAAAAAGGAAUAUCUAGAGCAACAUGAUGAAAGAUUUACGAAGAGAAGGGCAGAGAAGGGGGCACUAAUGCCAGGAUGAGAGCAUCACCGUGGCCUCACUGAACUAGCGGUGUUUUUGCUUGGAGAAAAAGCAAGGCCAUGUGCCAUACUACAAAAUGAGGCCUGCCACUCUGCACCAUACUAUAAAAUUAGGUCACCAUAUAAUAUGUUGUAUGAUUAUCUAGUAAUAAAUUAUAAUAUUCCAGACAUUGCAAUAUUGUGCCUAGAGAGUGAGUCUUGAAAUUUUUGUGCAAGUAGAGAUGACAUCAAUAAAUGUGUUAUCAUGCAAAUCCUAUGUGGGGGUGGAGUGUAA